GUAGGAGCAGCACUUUCCAAAGGCCCCAGGAUGCCACGUGACCUCUGCUCCAGUACUCCUGGGUGUAGGACCCCCUACGGGAGGCUGCCUGAGCUCUGGAAACCACACUACCGGGAAGAGCCUGGGCACGGUGCAGCGAGGAGCCAAUGAGGGAACACAAUGCCGGGUUUCUAGGCGGGCGCCAUCCUAGGGGGCGGGGCUUCCGGCCUCAUCUCCCUGUAAAUAUUUUUCCUCUGGUUGGGUAUGUUUAUCCCCCAGGGGUCGGGCUCAGAGUCGGGGUGACUAAUCGUGAAGACGCAAAGGGACCCACUGUCCUCGCCAGGCACACGGAGGGCCGGGCCCACUCCGCCUCCGAGUCCAAUGGCUGCGGCCGCGCCCAGGACCCCGGCGCAGGGUGGCGUGACCUUUGAGGACAUUGCCGUGUACUUCUCCUGGAAGGAGUGGAGACUUCUGGAUGAGGCUCAGAGACGGCUGUACCACCAUGUGAUGCUGGAGAACUUUACACUUAUAUCCUCACUGGGUUGCUGCUGUGGAGCAGAGGCUGUGGAGGCACCCAUUGAACAGAGUGCUUCUGGAGGUGUGUCACAGACCAGGACGCCCAGGAUAGCUCUGACUUCCCGGAUGACCCACCCCUGUGAGAUGUGUAGUCUUGUCUUGAGAGACAUUUUCCACUUGGCUGAGGAGCAAGGAAAAGAAAACAGCCAAAAACUGUUAAGGUGUGGGGCAUGUGGGAAACGAUUUUAUUUUAGUAUACGGUUUAAACAGCAGCAGGAGCAGCACGUGGCUGAAAAACCAUUCAGAAACCGUGUAGACAGGGUCUCUGUUGUGAAGAGCUGGGGACUCCACAAUUCUGGAAAGUCCUUUACCUGUGGGGAAGUUCAGAAAGAUUUUCUGUCUGGCUCGGGGCAUCUGCAGCAAGAGGCCACUGAGAGUAGGGAGAAGCCAAACACAAUCAUCCAGUGCAGAGCAACUUUACAAAGCAGAAAAAGUCAUUAUCCUUGGGGAGAAUGCAAGAAUGCCUUUGGUCCCCAACAUUCACAUAUUCAGGACCAGGGUGUUCACCUUGGAAGACAGUGCUUUAUGUGCAGUGACUGUGGGAAGUCUUUUAGCACUCAUACUGCUCUCCAUUAUCACCAGAGAGUUCACACUGGAGAGAGGCCUUAUGAGUGCAGUGAGUGUGGCAAGUCCUUUACCCGAAGACAUAGCCUCAAUGUGCACCUAAAGGUUCACUCAGGUGAAAGGCCUUAUAAGUGUAAUGAAUGUGGGAAAUCUUUUAUUUGUAGGUAUGAACUCCAGUAUCAUCAUAGAAGUCAUUCUGGAGAAAAACCUUAUGAGUGUAGUGAAUGUGGAAAAUCUUUUACCUCUAGCUCUGCCCUCAGUUAUCAUCAGAGAUCUCACAGAGGAGAAAGACCUUAUGAGUGCAAUGAAUGUGGGAAGUCUUUUACUUCUGGGUCUUCCCUCAGGUACCAUCAGAGAGGUCACACGGGAGAAAGGCCUUAUGAGUGCAGUGAAUGUGGGAAAUCCUUUAGACAAAAAUAUUCCCUCUCAAUACACCAGAAAAUUCAUAGUAGAGGAAGCCCUUAUAAAUGCAACAAAUGUGGGAAAUCUUUUUCUUGUAGUUCCAGUUUCCAUUAUCAUCAGAGAAUUCACACAGGAGAAAGGCCUUAUGAGUGCAGUGAGUGUGGAAAAUCUUUUAUCAGUAGCACUGCCCUCCAUUAUCAUCAGAGAAUUCACACUGGAGAAAGGCCUCAUGAGUGCAGUGACUGUGGGAAAUCUUUCAGCACUCAUAGUGCUCUUCGAUAUCAUCGCAGAGUUCACACUGGAGAGAGGCCUCAUGAGUGCAGUGAAUGUGGCAAGUCCUUUACCCGAAGAAAUAGCCUCAAUAUGCACCUCAAAGUUCAUUCAAGUGAAAGAUUUUAUGAGUGUAAUGAAUGUGGGAAAUCUUUUAUUUGUAGGUAUGAACUCCAGUAUCAUAACAGAGUUCAUUCUGGAGAAAAACCUUUUGAGUGCAAUGAAUGUGGAAAAUCUUUUACCUCUAGCUCUGCCCUCACUUAUCAUCAGAGAUCUCACAGAGGAGAAAGGCCUUAUGAGUGUAGUGAAUGUGGGAAAUCUUUUACUUCUGGGUCUUCCCUCAGGUAUCAUCAGAGAGGUCACACAGGAGAAAGGCCUUAUCAGUGCAGUGAAUGUGGGAAAUCCUUUAGGCAAAAACAUUCCCUCUCAAUACAUCAGAGAAUUCAUAAUGGUGGAAGCCCUUACCAAUGCGACAAAUGUGGGAAAUCUUUUACUUUUAGUUCCAGCUUCUAUUAUCAUCAGAGAAUUCACACAGGAGAAAGGCCUUAUGAGUGCAAUGAGUGUGGAAAAUCUUUUAUCAGUAGCACUGCCCUCCAUUAUCAUCACAGAGUUCAUACUGGAGAAAGGCCUCAUGAAUGCAGUGAAUGUGGGAAGUCCUUUAUCCAAACAUCUUCCCUCUCAGUACACCAGAGACUUCAUAAGAGAGAAAGGCCUUACGAAUGCAGUGAAUGUGGUAAAUCCUUUACCUAUAGUUCCAGUUUCCAUUAUCAUCAAAAAGUUCACACUGGAGAAAGGCCACAUGAGUGCAGUGAAUGUGGGAAGUCCUUUAUCACUCGUACUGCUCUCUGUUACCAUCACAGGGUUCACACUGGAGAACGGCUUAUGAGUGCAGUGAAUGUGGGAAAUCGUUUAGAGGAAAAUCUAACCUCUCUCAACAUUGGAAAGUUCACACUAGAGAAAGGCAUAAUUGUAUAAUGAAUAUGCAAUUUCCUUAUUCAGUGUAAUGACACUGGUGAAACUCUGAGGAGGCAUUUGCCUGAUUUGAAUCUUUUACAGUUGGAUAUUCCUUACAAUUUCAGUUAUGUUGGAAGUAUAUGUGGCUAAGUUGCAUUUUCUAACUUGUCCAGAGAUCCCUCUAAAUUUAUGUAACUGACAGUUCAGUGACUAUUUCACCUCUGCCAGCUGGUAGGUCCACACAGUGCGCAUCUGUCCUCACCCCAGUGUACUCCUUGUACUCAGGCUGACCUCUGUUCUUAUGAAUUACAGCAGAUUAGCAGUAACCUAAGGUCUUAGGGGUCAGCUUUCCUUCUUCCUUGAAUACCUUCAAGGCAUGGACCUAAAUCAGUGAUGAUCCAGAGAAUAUCAUGAGUUUGGCUGGCAGUUUACAGAGAAUGACUACGUUUUUCAGGGAUAUCUUGGUCUUAUGUGAUACUUGUGAUGAGUUUUUCCAGGUCAGAGACCGGAGAACUAUCUGCUGCACGUUGAUUUGGCCGACAUGGUAAUCAAGGCCUUACUGUUUAAGUCCUUUUUGAUUUUGAAUGUUCUACUUACUGUACAGGCUAAUUUAUAAAGAGACGUGGGCUCAUCAGUCAUCAAAGGCUCAACUUUUUAGGAAUCUCCAAUUAUCUGUGCCUGUCGAGGGAGAGGAGGAAGGCAGAAAACAGCUUGCCAGGUUUUUUUGUUUGUUUGUUUGUUUUGCUUUGUUUUUUGUUUUUUUAAGUAAACUUUGUGUCCAACUUGGGACUCAAACUCAAAACUUCAUGAAUCACAGGCUCAGGCAGCCUGGGUGGUUCAGCGGUUUAGUGCUUGCCUUUGGCCCAGGGCAUGAUCCUGAAGUCCUGGGAUCGAGUCCCACGUUGGGCUCCCUGCAUGGAGCCUGCUUCUCCCUCUGCCUUGUGUCUCUGCCUCUUUCUCUCUGGAUCUCUCAUGAAUAAAUAAAUAAAAUAUUAAAAAAAAAAAAAAAAAGAAUCACAGGCUCUACUGACUGAGCCAGCCAGGUGUUUCAGUAAGCAGCCUGCCAGUUUUGACUAAAUUUGCAUUGCUGCCCCACAGCCUCCUAUGCAGGGCUUUCUGGUUUUCAUUUGAGGCCUGGAUACCAUGUGAUUUUAGGAUCCUCAGUGAUGACCCCAAGGAGGGGGCAGGUGUGAGACCCUCAGAUGCUUCUGCAAGCAGCAUGAAUUUUUCCCCGUACUCAAAAGAGAUCUCACAGGGGAUGUCAGCACCAUUGAGGUGGUAUCUUCCCAUGUCUACAAACAGCUCUGUGCUCUGAUGUCCACAGUUCACUAGGCUAGGGUCACUGGUUCUAAGACCACAGGGGGCAGGGGGAAACUGUAACUGGUACAGAAACACUGGCUUAAUAGGAAAUGGAGGAGACUGCAGCCAACUGGAUGCAGUGUGCCUCUUCUAAAAGUGCAUCCGGACAAGUUUCUGUGACAGUGACUCUGCAGGAUUAGUGUGUGCACAAAUCUUAGGAGGUACAGGUGUGCCUUUCUUAUGUAGCUGAAGUCAUUGUCAGAUAAAAUAAUUGAAAGCUAUUGAUUCCUUUACCCCCCUCAUUGUUUACCACUUCAAAGCCAUUACUGCACAGAGAGGAAAACAAGAUAUUAAAGGGGGUGGAGGGGGCGCCUGGGUGACUCAGUGGUUCAGGGUAUGAUCCUGGAGACCCAGGAUCGAGUCCCCACAUCGGGCUCCCUGCAUGGAGCCUGUUUCCCCCUUUGCCUCUCAGUCUCUGUGUGUCUCAUGAAUAAAUAAAAUCUUUAAAAAUAAAUAAAUAAAAAUAAAAGGGGUGGAGGAAUCUGUAGUUUUUUGAUGUGGCUCUUAAGACCCAGGCACUGUUCCUGUUGGCUCUGGUGGAAAUGUCCUUCACUGCUCCCGGUAUUUGCAGACACCGAGGUAAGACUGACGCCUAGAGGACAUGGGAACAGGUGGGACUGUCAGUAUAGGGUUGCCAAACAUAUUUUUGAGCCAAUUUUUAAAACUAUAAAGGUUUAAUUUACAGAUGCUAAUAAACUGCGUGUUUAAAAAUGUACAAUUUGAUAAGUUUUGACAAGCAUAUGAAUCUCUGAAAACCAUCAUAACCUUGAUAAUGACUAUAUAUGUCAUGUUAUAUUUACCUCCUGCCCUAUUACAAUCUCUCCUUACGCUACCCACCUCUUGGUAACCAUUGUACUUUGUUUUGCAAUGGAAGCCAUCACAUUUUUUAUUUAUGUGUUUGGAAUCAAACUGUUUACUCUUUUUUUUUUCCUGAUUUCCUUUGUGUUUUAUAAUUACUUUGACUUUCAUCAAUGAUAUUAUGAGUAGCUCACUUUUCUAACAUUCUUAUGUUUGGGUAUGCUGCUGUUACUUUAUUCAUCCUUUUUAUGGGCUUUUAGGUUAUUUCUAGAUUUGCCUAUUGAAAAUAAAGCACUCAACAAACA